AUGACUACCGAAACCAUCACCACGCCGUUCACUGCCGCGGUGUCACCCACUACCCACCACCACGCCGACCAGUACCGCGACAUCAACGACUACUGCAACGACGACAACUCCAACGACGACAGAAACCACCACCACAACGACCAUUUCCGUGGCCUCAGCUUCUUCUACCACUUCCGCGGCGUCAAGCACUGCCGCGGCAUCAACUACUACUGCAACGACUACAACUCCCACGACAAGCAAAACAACCACCACGCCGACCACUACCGUGGCGUCAUCUACUACUUACCCGCGACAUCAACGACUACUGCAACGACUACAUCUCCCACGAGAACCGAUAGCACCACCACGCCGACCACAACUGCAACGUCAACUACUACUGCAACGACGACAACUCCAACGACGACAGAAACCACCACCACAAUGACCAUUUCCAUGGCCUCAGCUUCUACUGCAACAACGUCAACUCCCACGACAACCGGAACCACCACUGCGCCGACCACUGCCGCGGCAUCAACUACUACUGCAACGACAACAACUCCCACGACAACCGAAAGCAUAACCACGCCGACCACUACCGCGACAUCAACUACUACUGAAACGACAACUCCCACGACAACCGACACCACCACUGCGCCGACCACUGCCGUGGCAUUAACCACUUCCGCGACAUCAACUACUACUGCAAUGACUACAACUCCCACGACAACCGAAACCACCACCACGCCGACCACUGUCGCGGCAUUAACCACUUCCGCGACAUUAACUACUACUGCAACGACUACAACUCCCACGACAACCGAAACCACCACCACGCCGACCACUGUCGCGGCAUUAACCACUUCCGCGACAUUAACUACUACUGCAACGACUACAACACCCACGACAACUGAAAGCACAACCACUCCGACCACCACCGUGACGUCAACUUCUACUGAAACGACUACAACUCCAAAGGCAUUUGAAACCAUAACCACUCUGAUCACAACAUUUAUAUCAGGUACUACAGAAAUGACUACAACGACAAGGACAACCGAAACCACAACCACUCCGACCACUACCACGACGUCAACUUCUACUGAAAUGAUUAAAACUCCUAAGUCAAUUGAAACCACAACCAUUCCGACUGAAAACAGUACUCCUCCGACCACUGCCACGUCAUCUAAAACUGAAACCAGCAGCACUCUGAUCACUACUGCAACAUCACCUACAACUGCAUCAUCAGCAAUGCUUCCAGCAUUGACAACAACUCCGACCACUACAGUUACACCAACAACAGUUUCCAUGGCCCAGGAAACCAUAACUGCCUUAACUGCUCUGACAAAUGCAGCAGCAGGUGCAAAUUCUGUAGCCACAAGUUUCUCUGGAUUUACAAGUGCUGCAUCCACAUAUAUAGUGACAAAACUGCCAUCAGAUGCAGUGCAGACGACAAAUAUGUUAACAGCUACUCUUGCCCCAGAAACAGCAUCCUCCACAAGAUCUCAAACCCAGGGAUCAGCGCGUCUCGUCAUCCUCCUGACUUGCAACUCUUUCAACUUUUAA